AUGCGUGAUGUGAGUGUGAAUUUGCUCAAUUCAACAAACAAUUACUGGACAGCAUUUUAUUAUCGAGGCGCAAAAAGACAAAAUUGUCGUGUGCUUGAUACAGUGCUGCAUGCGAAAUACUAUCCGUAUACAAUAUCUAUUUAUAAUUCACUUUUAUCAUCAAAUCAGUCUGGGCUUGAAUAUUGCACUACGAAUAGUUGCAUCUAUAUGCAUGCUAAUUUUUCGGAUCAAAUUAAUUACGGUUGGAAAAUGGGUAAUUGUUCUGCAAAGUAUCCAACAAUUUGCGAAACGUUCGCUUGUUUGGAAGAUUAUCAAUAUCGAUGCGAAGAUAACAGUAAAUGUUAUCCACGAAAAGGUCGAUGUGAUGGAAUACAAGAAUGUAGUGAUAAUUCUGAUGAAGUAGGUUGUUCAAGGAGAAAACGUGUUGCUUGCGGCAAAACGUUAUUUGAAGAAGCAGAAAAUGAAAUAAGCUUCGAAAUGAAUGCCGCUGAAUAUGCUUUAUGUCAAUGGACCAUUCGACAACCUCUUGGCAACAAAAUCAUCCUAACGCUGGUUAAUGUUACCAUUAGAGAUGAUGAUGAACUGAUCGUUAAUGGAAUCCAAAACAAUAGUGUCACUAUUACAUCAAACUCACAAAUGGUAUUAAAUAUGCCGGUAGCAAAAGCACAAUAUACUUCCAUUGGUGACACGGUGACAAUCACUUUUCGUUCUCGAAAGACCGAUCCAGCGAUUGUUAACAUGUUUAAUGUUAUUCUAAAAUUCUCAUACACCACACGAGGAAUGUACUGCUUCAUGCCGAUAAUUGCUCACGGUUCGGUGAUAAAUGUGACAGGUUUUGAAGUAGGAAAUGAGUUGUAUUUUGAAUGUCAUUUGGGUUACCAAAUACCGUCUGGACAGUCCUCUUCAUCACGUUGUUACAAUGGUGAUUGGAAUCCGAAGCCAAAAUGCCAAAUUUUGACUUGUGGUUCAGCAAGUGUAGUAUACAAUAAUGCAAUUCUUACCGGUUAUACUAGAAAUGUAACGUUAUACAGUCGAGCAUUGUAUUCAUGUGAAGCCGGUUUGCAUCUAAAUAACAACUCUCCACCAUUUCGGCUAUGUAUCGAGAACGGAACAUGGACCAAUCCCAAUUUUUCCUGUCAAGCAUCUUUUUGUCAUGCUACUUCAUUCGCAUAUGGACACUUCUUGGAUGAAUUUUAUGCAAAUGGUACGGCAGGAAAAUAUGUGUGUGAUGAAGGAUUUUAUCAAAAAGAUGCUGAUCCAAUGUGUAUAUCCGGUAGUUGGAAGGGCACACCUUAUUGUUAUCCUAAAUAUUAUUGCUAUUAUAAUUCAUGUGGAAAUGGAACAUGUGUUCAACUAAUUGGUGGCUAUAGUUGCAUUUGCUAUGAAGGUUUUCGCAUGAUUUCUACAUCUAAAGGUUAUAUAUGCUCAGAUAUCGAUGAAUGUUCCAUACCGGGUUAUUCUCUUUGUGAAUUUACAUGCGUGAAUACAAUUGGUUCUUAUGAAUGUAAAUGUCCUGAUACUCAUCGGCUUUAUACUGGUCCAAACAGUGUGAAUCAUCUUAUCAGUAAUACCGAAUUUUUGAUUCCCAACAGAACAUGUAUUGAGAAACGAUGUCCUGUACCUGAGAUUCCACCAAACGUCAUCCCUUACCCGUUAUAUGUGGAUCCCUUUUCAUAUCAAAAUGGACUCUUCCAAAUUGGUACAAUUGUGUAUUUUGCAUGCGAUCAUCCUGCACAUAAUUAUACGACCCUCGUUUGUAAUGAUACCGAAUCGUGGGAAGUGUUAAAUGAUUGCUUAGACAUAACUUGCAAACCACCAGAAAUUGCAAAGAGAAAUUUGAUGAUUUGGCCUAUUAAAAAGAGUUAUAAAUUUAAAGAUCAAAUUCAUUUUUUCUGUGAAGAAUUUUAUCAAUUGAACGGCCCAUCAUCCUCAUAUUGUAUUGGUGUCGACAAGUGGUCUUUGCUGAAAUUGCCAGAUUGUGUCGUAAGGCAAUGUCCUGGCUUGCAACUUGAUGAUUAUGAAACCAUUCCUGUUAACAACAAAAAAGACAAUGCCGAGGCUAAUUUGGAAAUGUUUUUUGAAUCAGCUACACAUAUUGCAGAUACACCUGGAUAUAGAUUAUUUAUCUCUUGCAAAAAUGGUGCUAAAUUUGCAAAUGGUCAGAGUAAACUUCUUUUAUUUUGCAUGCAAAAUUACACCUGGAAUUUGAAUAGUAUUCCCGCUUGUGCCCACGAAGAAGAUCAAAGAAAUCAAUCUGAUGAUGGUGAUGCAAUAAUUAAAAAAUACUCUAAGCACUGUAUCAAAAAUAUUGUAAGUAAUGUACAUGUGGCCAUGAAUACCUCUGCUAUGUUAUGGUGCUUUCUUAGUGCUAAAUGCACUAAUAUUACUUCAAUCAAAUGGUACCGUGAUAGUAGUCAAAGCAUAAACGCUGUACUUUUAAAUGGUGAAAACGGCAGUUCGGGAUUGUUUUUUGAAAGCGUUAAGGUAACUGAUGAUGACAGAUAUUACUGUGUUAUACUAGGCAAGAAUCAAGAACUGUUGCAAAAAUAUCCAGUAGACCUUUAUGUUUAUCAAACUUUUGAAACCGGUCGCAGUUGGCCUGAUAUUAUCCAAAACAGUGAGCCAGUUAAAGGUGAUGCCAACAGUACGAUAUUGGAAAAUGUUAAAAUUUACACCAUAAAGUGUCCGGAGGUACGAGUGAGCUUUGCACUGUUUCCACAAACAGCUGCUGUUAAAGAUGGUAGCAUCGUUUCCGGACGAUGUUUACACGGUGCGCAUACCAAUAUUCAAGGUCGAGAUCCGCAACUCUUCUGUACACAACGUGGAAAGUGGAUUUAUAAUGCACAAAGUGCAAAUUUAUGUUUUUGCAGCGCAAACUAUACAUCUGAAAAUGACGCAUGCAUAGAACGUGGUCCAGUUUGUUACGUUUGUUCGGAAACUAAUGAAACAGAUUGUAAUGAUUCUUCUGCUGUUUUCUGUGAUAAGAAGCAAUAUUGCUUCACGCAGAUAACUAAAACUGCAAAAGGGAAUGUGAUACGGAAAGGCUGUAUUAAUGAAUGUGCUAUAAACCGUAUUGGAUGUAAGACAAAAGAAGAAGAAGCCUGUAAAAUGUGUUGUAAAGAGGAUUACUGUAACAGUUGGCACAAUAUGUCAAAAGUUCAUGGUGAAUACUUACGUCCCUACCCAAUGUUUAGAGCUAUAUGUCCCAGAAAUAUUACAGUGUUGAGAUACUCAAAAGGGUUUUUAACAACUUCAGCAAUAGUACCUCCUCUGGUAUAUAAUUAUGAGCCGUUUUACGAUCUCACUGUUGAUCAGGAUAUUUCCAAUGGUACAGUACAAUUUGUUAAAGAAACGAAUACGAUCCUAUGGACAGUGACUAAUCGAAUGUUACAAUUUAGAAACUGUUCAACAUACGUUUUUCGCAAAGAUUACUGGGCACCUGUGCUUGAUUGUCCAUCUCUAUACAUUGAUCUUUUGGUAAAUACGACAUCGUUGAAGUUCAGAUUGCGUCUUCCAGACAUCAGUUACCGUGAUUUCGGCUCACGUGUUUCAUUGCAUUAUGUUCCUUCAAAUGGAACCAUCGUGGAAAUUGAUCAACCAGUACAAGUUACGGUUACUGCAACUGAUGAAAGUAAUAAUUCAGCACAGUGUGUAUUUUGGUAUAUCGGCCAAGUAGCUGACUGUCCAUUAUGGCCCAUUAAUGAAACAGAAUAUGAAUGUAAGGGUUCAAUGAAUCAGCGAGUAUGCAAACGACGACAUAAAUGCUCUGGAAUACAAUUUCCUAAUCAUGUGACAUCUUUACAUUGUGUGGCUGGUCAAGGAUGGAGUUAUAUGAGCUCUCAAUCCAUUGCUAAUAUUCCUAUGAACUUGUUUCGGACACCAAUUUGCUUACAAAGUUCUGCCGGAGAUGUUCGGUUAUCUGUGAAUCUUUUCAUUAGCUCACAUCUAAAUGAUUCCUGUAGAGCUGCAUUAAUUGACAAGAUGCGCCAUCUGCCUGAAAUGCACGAAGCCAAGGAAUGUCGUCAGUUGAAGUGGAUAUUUACUGGGUUAUCAUUUGUAGACAAUAAUAUAUUUAUCAACUACACAGUGCAUCACGAAAACGUAUCGAUAACGCUAAAGUGUGCUGCGCAAUUUGUCCGUCAAGUCGUCAAAGGAAAGCUUGCAUUUAACGUACUAAAAGCUACCUGUAAAAAUAUUCAAUUCAGUGCUUUGUCUGCUAAUUACUCAACUGGCUGUUCUAGAGAUGAAUGCGGUCCUGGUUUUUAUGCUGCUGCAAAUGGUUGUUAUCCUUGUCCACUUCACAGCUUCUCUGAAACUGUCAGUGCCAGGAAUUGUACAAGAUGUCCAGAGAAUACCUUUACAGCAAGAACAGGAUCAUUUUCGUCUCAACUGUGUCGAAAACAGUGUCCACCUGGUUUUUUCUCACCAACUGGCUUAGAACCAUGUCAGGCAUGUGCAGUUGGUUUUUAUCAAUCUCAAUAUGGUUUGCAAUAUUGCAACGGUUGUUUAUCACCUCGGACAACUUCAAUGGUCGGUUCAGUUUCAGCUAAUGAGUGCGUAUUGAAAUGUAAACCUGGAUGGUUCAGUCGUACAGGUUUUGAACCAUGUGUGAAAUGCCCAAUUGGUUUUUACCAGGAUAGAGCAGGACAAACAACAUGCAAUGCAUGUAUUAUAGAUGCCAACAAGGAAGUGUCGGUAAAUAAUCAUUGUAAAGGUUUUUCCUGCAAGAAAUCAAGUUAUAAAAAUAAUUGCCAGUGUUCAAAUGGGCAAUGCAUUUGCCCGUUCUUUUAUAUUGGUCUGGACUGCAGUGGCACUGUAGCCCUAAAUUUAUGUUUGGCUAAUUUUUGUCCGCGAGAUGAAGAAUGUCGUUUUGAUGGGGUGACAACUUCUUGUUUUCAUAAUAGCAGUCCAUCAUCAGAAGGAAGGCUAAAUACAGAUUUAGAAUUAAUUGCUAAGCAGUUCUCCAUAGAAAAUCAGAACCAAAGAGUUAAAAGGAAAGAGAAUAAAGAAACAGUAAUCUCUAUCGGAAGCAAUGACUCUAUAUCAGAUCAAUCUCAACCAACAAUGCAAUUUGUUUCUGAUCAGUUAACUUCGCCAGAAACUGCUCAAAAAUGGAAAAGCAAUAUGACGCACACAGCAAGAUUUCUCACAACCGUUUCUCCAUCGGCAAUCAAAACGGAUAUUCACAGAAGUGAUAGCAUUCAAUCUGUUGCAACAACAUCAACUAAUUUGAUUACAAUCAAUGCAGUCCCAGCAGUUCCGCAAAUUCUUUGUUCUCAUAGACUUAAUUUUUGCAAAAACGGUAGUUGCGUGACUACUAUCAAUGGAAGUAUCAGCUGCAUUUGUCGAGAAGGCUAUAAAACCAGUGGCAGUGAUAACUGUGUUUUGUUGCAAGGCUGCGAUUACAGUCCAUGUGGACAGGAUCCAUGUGAAAAUAUUGACAGUGAUUAUUUCUGCCAAUGUUCAAAUAUGCAUAAUGCAUUUCAUCAACAAAAGUGGUGUCCAAUGAAUAAAAAAUGUGAUCAGAAGAACUUAUGUAAAAACAGUGGUAUCUCAGUGUGUGAUUAUAAAUCGCCGUGCAUAUGUCCGGCAUCCUAUUAUGGAGAAUUUUGUGCAGAAAAAGCUGACCCAUGUCAAAAUUUACCUUGCGAUCAUAGUACCUGUAUUCCACAAUUUGAUCACUUAUGGCCUUAUUAUUUUUGCAAAUGUGAUCCAGGUUACUAUGGAGAGAAAUGCACUGCACAUGCAGCUUGUGAGGGUAAAAAUAUCGAUUGCAAACAUGGUUACUGCAUUAAAAAUAAUCAAGCUGUAUACUGCGAAUGUUAUCCUGGCUUUACUGGAAGCGAUUGUUCAGUCGAGAUUAAUCAAUGUGAUUUGUCACCAUGUGUGCACGGCACUUGUAAGCCAAAAUUUCUGGGUUACAGGUGCAUCUGUGAUGAAGGCUUUAAAGGAAGCCAGUGUGAGGCGUAUGCUUGGUCAAGGCCAUCACAGUCCUCUGGCAAUUCAUUACAGCAUAGUGGUGACGACAUAUCUAUAUGCAUGCAAAGUCACGCACGCAUCAGGCUGAUAGAUCCAUGUGAUGAAAAACCGUGUAGUAUCAAUUCGGAAUGCCACGCUUUAAGUUAUGGGUACAAAGGCAGAUUCGUAUGCAACUGUGCAGCGGGUUGGACAGGAAAGUACUGCACUAAGCUGAUAGACCUUUGCAUCCAUUCCCAGUGUUUUUCUGGUUCUACCUGCAUCACCCGACCUAAAGUUAAUGGAGACAUUGGUUAUGUAUGCAUAUGUCCUCUGAAUAAAGCGGGCACUUUUUGUAAUGAAUCAAUUGAUUAUUGCAAACCAGUGAAUCCAUGCUUACAUGAUGGCAUUUGUCAGCGAAAAGAUGAUGGCUACAUGUGUCAUUGCAAGCCAGGUGUUCAUGUCCUCGAUAUUAUGAAGGUGUUAAUUGCACUGAGAUUACGAUUAAGAAAGAAUAUUCUAUCAAUAACAGAGAAUGCAGUAAGAUUUGGCAAUUAUGUGGAAUGGAUUAAUAUAACGGAAAAUCAAUGGCAACAGCUUUGUUUCCGUAGAAAGGAGGAUGGAACUACCGAGUGGAUACGAAAUGGUGAGAUUGUGUGGAAAAAGAACUGGGAUGCACCAGCGAUCAAUGGAAGUGUAAGGAUUUCGUUAGGGGCUUCAAAAUCAUUUCACGGAGAGAUGAGUAUGGUUCAGCUGUACAGCACAGCUCUCUGCAACAAACAGAUAAAUUAUUCUCUUCAUAACUGUAAGCAGUGGUUGCAAUCAGUCGCAGCAAGUAGCGAAACUCCUGUUGUUGAAUGGAAUCAGUUCGCAGGUGUUAAACGUGGAAACCGUAAUUUUCCGGGAAUUUGUACGCUUUCUGACUGUUUAUUAAAUCCAUAUCGCUGCAAUUCAGCUAUGGAUAAAGUGCCACCAAAAGUAAUAAAUUGUCCAUCAAAUAUCCUUGUAACUUCUAAGAAUAGAUUAACGAUCGUGAAUUGGUCUCCAUCGAAGUCGAAUGAAAUCUUUGCCGAUAACGGUAUCAUUAAUAUGUCAUCAAAUUACAAUAGUGGUGAUGUUUUUACUUGGGGUAAGUAUCACAUUGUGUACAUUGCGGAAGAUGAAGCUGGAAAUAUUGCAACUUGCCAAUUCGAUCUUGUCGUAGCAACAAUGAAUUGCUCUAAUCCUGGGAAAACUGAUGGCAUUAAUUUUAUGGUUCAAAAUAUCCAUUCAGAAAAUGUUCAGAAAGUGGCAUUUGUUGGGUGUAAAGCGAAUUAUAUGCCUAUUCAUCCGGUCACCAACUUCUAUUUCUGUGACGUAAUGGGUCAAUGGAAUCGCUGGCCGCACGGAAUCAAUUUCUAUUUUCCAAGUUGUUUAAAAUAUCGAGCUCCAUUGCAACAAUUAAGUGGUUUGGUCAUCGCAACAGCAAAUUGUAGUGAAUUUGAUAUGUAUAAAAAAAAUUUAACAACUGUAAUUUUGAAUGCGAAUAAAGAGUUCAAUCGUUUCUGUACUACACCGAACUGUAGCAAAGAACUCAGAAUUUGGUCAAAUUCAAGUUGUAAAAAUCAAAUUUUGAAGCAAUCCAACAAAUCAAUUCAAAACAUAUAUCUUUAUUACUCGAUUACCGUAAACACCACAAGAAAGUCAAUAAAACCUGUAGUAACCGAGAAUCUGAACAAAGUAUUUGGCAACAAUACAGAAGAGCCAAACACGUCAUGGCAAUGCCCCUCUAAAAAUUAUCCUGCUCAAAUUUUUAGAAGUGAUACGCGCUCAUGUGUCAAAUGUCCACCUGGCAUGCACUGUGUACACGAUAAAUGUAUACCGUGUCCGGAGAAUACGUUUAAGAAACAUUCGGGUUGUAAACAAUGCAUUCCAUGUCCGAAUAAUACAAUAACUGGUCCAAUAAUUGAAGACAUCGGUUAUCAGAGUAUUUUUGACUGUUACACAAACUGCAGUGCUGGUUAUCAUUACAGCAUUCAAGAAGGGAACUGUGUUAAAUGUCCAAAAGGAAUGUAUCAAGAUCGACCAGGGCAAUUAACAUGCAAUGCUUGUCCGGAAUCUCGCACCACGCCAAAAAAUGGUUCUGUACAUAUUUCAAAUUGUACGAUUACCUGUGGUGCAGGUAUGUCAAUGAAUGAACAGGCUCAAUGCGUCAAAUGUGCAAAAGGGAAAUAUCGGAAAGAAAAUUCCACGGAAGCUCGCUGUACUCCAUGCCCUGACCACUUUACCACACCUGGUAAUGGAAGCAUUAGUCCAAGCAAUUGCACUAUGCUCGAUUGUCCUCCAGGAACGUAUAUUAAUUUGUCGUCGCCAUCAGAAUGUUUCUUUUGUCCUCGAAAUCAUUAUCAAGAAAAGUCAAAUCAAACGGAAUGUCAGCAAUGUGUAAAGCCUCUUAUUACCCUGGGAACGGGUUCCGUACAUCCUCGACAAUGUAUGAAACCAUUGUUCUUUAACUCGGAGGUUUCAAAUGUUGAUAUCAGUAAGUACUUUAGUUCGAAUCUCUGGCCACAUUUUGGAUUUGUUGGUAUUAUUGGUGCGAUUGCAAUUCUUGCUCUACUUUACUUUCAGAGACAAAGGAUACGAUGGUUACUUUGCAAGAUAAGACAAACGCAGAUAAAACGCAUUGCCACACUGAAUUAUUAUCGUGACUCUUCUUUCACUUAUCCAAUUGUGACCGUAACACCAACAAAUAUUGGUGCUGCAUCAGACUUUAUUGAGGACAGAGUUUCAAAAAAUCUCGAGCCACAAGAGAUGGUGGAAAUUUAUCAAGAAAUCUGUGAUGGAUUACACAGUAUGGCAGAGGGAACAUCGUGCAUGUCAAAUAAUGAAUUGACCUCAAGUCAGUACGCCAGGCACAUUUCAAGAGCUCAUCUUAAAGUUGAUACUUCAUUGAGAGCUGAGUUUUGUGGUGAUCCGAAGACAUUAGGAAUGGGCUCAUCCGGCUUCCCCAUCGAUUCUGCCGACUAUGAAAAUGCCGAUCAGUGUAAAUCGAUGGAUGCAGAGAGUUAUGGGCAAGAUUCGCAAGCUUCAGAUGAAGAAAAUCAAAUCUCAAGCUUUAAACGACGACUUGCUGCUUACCGGAAUUGGAAUCUACGGAUACCUCUGGACGAGAUAUACGCAGAGCCCACUGAGCAUAAAUUGUUUCUGUCGAAAACGAGCGACAUCUCUGUUGAGAAAACAAGCGGCAUUUUGUAUGAGGAAAGUAGGGAUAGUGAAAAUAAAGAUGAAGAUAGUGAUGAUGAGGACUACUUUGGUUAA